AUGGGGUUUCCAGUGUCCUGCCCACUUUCUGAUUUUGAUGAUUUGGAUAGUCAUUGUGGAGCUGUUCUUGUAAGUCCAGUUAGUCUUAGGAAAGAAGAAGAGAGGAAGCCCUUGCGGUCAUUAAGCUCCAAUAGCCCUGAUUCAGAACCAACCACCACAAAUGGUUCAGGAAAGAUGAAUAUUGAAGGAUCGCUUAGCUUUGAAGGGAAGGAGUUAAACACCAAUCCCUUAACAAAGACAUGUUCGGCAGAUAUGGAAAACAAUUCGUCUACCAGAGCAGAAAGCGAUGCUGGAGACCCGUUGCAGACAUCUGAAAACCAGUCCCAGGAGCCAGGAAAACACAGAUACCAGGCUGCAUUGAAGUUGCAGAAAGUGUAUAAAAGUUUCCGCACGAGAAGACAGCUAGCAGAUUGUGCAAUUCUUGUUGAGCAAAGAUGGUGGAAGGCACUAGAUUUUGCUGAGCUCAAACGGAGCUCAAUAUCAUUUUUUGACAUUCAGAAACCCGAGACAGCUGUUUCUCGCUGGUCUAGGGCAAGAACCAGAGCUGCCAAGGUGGGAAAAGGUUUGUCUAAGGAUAAAAAGGCCCGUAAACUUGCUUUGCAGCAUUGGCUUGAGGCAAUUGAUCCUCGACAUCGCUAUGGCCAUAAUCUUCACUUUUAUUAUGCGAAAUGGCUCCAUUGUGAGAGUACACAGCCCUUCUUCUAUUGGCUUGACAUAGGAGAUGGAAGAGAAGUCAACCAUGAAGUAUGUCCUCGGCCAAAGCUUCAAACACAAUGCAUCAAGUAUCUUGGCCCAAUAGAAAGAGAGGCUUAUGAAGUUGUAAUGAAAGAUGGGAAGUUCAUUUACAAGCAGACUGGAAAUCUUCUUGAUACAACAGAAGUCAGAGAUGCUAAGUGGAUAUUUGUCCUUAGCACAUCCAAGACCUUGUAUAUUGGACAGAAGAGCAAAGGUACGUUUCAACAUUCAAGCUUCUUGGCAGGUGGAGCCACACUCUCUGCUGGAAGAUUAGUGGUGGAACAGGGAAUUCUUAAGUCAGUUUGGCCUCAUAGUGGCCAUUAUCUCCCAACAGAGGAAAAUUUUCAGGAAUUCAUGUUGUUCCUUAUUGAUCACAACGUAGAUCUCACAAAUGUUAAGAGAAGUGCAGCUGAUGAUGAAGAAGGAGGCCUCAGCAAAAAGAGCAGCAACAUUGGAAUUCGAAACAGUCCCAAAAAACCAAAUCCAUCUAAAGAUACUGGAACAACAAAUGCUGAAGGCUCAGGGCAAGAUAGCACUGAUCCAAGCAAUGAGGACUCUAACCCUGUAGAAAAUGCUAAUCCUAUUCUGUCAAGAUUGCCUGAAAGAUUCUGCUCAAAGAUAGCCAAACUUGAAAUACCACAAAGAAAUGAUGCGUUUGACAUUCUCAAGGAGGGAAUACCAAUAACUUGUCGCGAAUAUUUUCCAGAUUCUGCUUCCGACGAUGGUUAUGAGACGGCUGAAGAAUCGGUCUUAACAGAGGAAGAUUUCAUGAUCCCUAAACUAAACUUGUUUGAAGACGAUGAAUUUGAAGAAGACGAAAAGCCAGUGCCAAAAGAGAAAAUCAUGCAAAGGAUUGAUUCACAUAAAGGAAUGAAGUCAUAUCAGUUGGCUCAGCAAUUAACCAGUAGGUGGACAACAGGAGCUGGACCGCGGAUUGGUUGCAUGAGGGACUAUCCUUCGGAGCUUCAGUUCCGAGUUUUAGAGCAAGCCAACUUGUCUCCAAGAAGAACUGGAAGAAGUCCCCGGCCCUUGCUUCCAUCUCCUUUAAGUACAGAGAGAAUUGCAGGGAAAAGUCCCCUUGGCCCUCGGAAGAGCAAGAGACACAACACCAUAGGCUGA